UUCCUUCCUGUCUGGGUCAAAACUGAAAGCGCUGCUAGCGCUCCGGCCGGCCGCCUCGCCUCCCUCCUGUUUCACCUUCAGCGGAGGAGCUCGGAGGGCGGGAGGCGAAGGGACGAGCGAGGCGGCAUGAACGGCGGCGUGGAGUGCCUCCUCUCGGAGGAAGCCAUCGACCUCACGCGGGGGCCUUCAGGUCUGGGAUUCAAUAUAGUUGGUGGGAGGGACCAACAACACAUCUCCAAUGACACUGGCAUCUUUGUUAGCCGGAUCAAAGAAAAUGGAGCCGCCGCACUGGAUGGACGCCUACAGGAAGGAGAUAAAAUUUUAUCGGUUAAUGGUGAGGAGCUGACUGACAUGCUCCAUCAGGAUGCUGUGGAUCUCUUCAGGACUGCUGGUGACUACGUUUCCUUAAAGGUUCAACACAGGCUGAUGCCCCAGAACGGUCCGUCGAGCCACCGAGGAGAUGGAGACUCAGGAGGCAUUCCUUUGGCUGUGAUUUUGGUGCCUGGACUGGCCAUAACGAUGGCUGUGGUAUGGGCCUUCCUCAGAUACCGACAACGGCUGUGAUCCACACCACGUCUGGGAGCCUACACAUCUGUGAUGCAAUUUAAAGAGAAGAAAUUGACUGUCUUAGUCUGGAUUAUCAGUGGGGGAGGAGAGAAUCAUUGCCUAAUGUAAAGUUGCUGCCCUGUGUGAUGUGAUGAAUUUCAUGCACGUUAGAGGUCAGAGUGUUUACGAACCAGGAUGUCCCACUUUCGCUGGUCCUGCAGAAGUUUGGUUAAGCUUCUUCUGAUUAUUUUCUUUUGCUCCAUGAUUUCUCCCAUGGCUCUGUGUUUUUAAAACAUGUACUGCAAAGCAAAGUUAGUGCAAUGAGGCUCCCUUGAUCCACAGCCUCUUGUUAAUUCUGAAACUAGAGGAACACAUUUGGGGCAGCCACCAAAUUCACUGUGGUUUGAUAGGGAAAAGGAGGAAUAUGAUGCCUUGGAACAGGACGAGCAUGAUGCCCUGUAAAAAGAAAAGACACGCCAGUUGAUAGAGUCUCUCUGGAUGGCAGGCAGAGCCUCUAGCUGCAGAGUGAAAAGGAGCAUUGGAUGAGUUCUUUGAUAUGCCCUUCUAAAUCAUCAUUAAAAAUUAAAGUAGUGAGAGAUGAAAGCAGUGAUGAGUAUUUCUAUUUCUUAGCCUUUUGGUGAAGGGGGACUAGGUUAUUCUUUUUAUGACAUGCCUUAGGAGAACACAUUAAGUUUAAUCUACCGUUUGGGGUGAGUUGCUGAAGCUAAGCCAUAAAUUUUGGAAUUGGUUUUAUGAAGGUAGGAAGCAUCAUGGGGGAGGGCUCAUAAUGGCAUCAGAUAUGCUAACUAGCAAACUGGUGAUGGGCAUUGAUAAUGUAUUUGGAAGUAUGUUCCAAUGAAAUAAACCUGAGUGCAUGUCCAGGUACAUAUGCAUUCAGGAUUCAGGCCGAAAGAAGAGGUACCAAAGUUUAAAGGGGGCUUAUGAGCUGGCAACAUUUGUUUUUUUUAACUGUGGAAUUGUGAGCCUCUCAUUUACAAAAAAAAGUUGAAUGUAUGGAACAUUAAGGCUAAUAAUGUAUCUUUCAAAUCAUUGGAAGCUGUCUUGGGUCAGGUAGAUGCCUCUUUGUAUUGUUUUCUGGAUUGUUGGUCUCCUUGCUUCCAAGUUGAAGCACUCAGAAAGUGGCUUUCCCAAUAUGUACCAGUGGAAAAUGAAUAUGGUAGCAGAUUUGCUUUGGAGACAUAAACCCAACCUUAGCCAUUGUGUAGUUUUCAUUCUGCUCCAGCCUUGGGUUGUGAGAGAAAUUUAUUGAAAAAUCACUGCACUGACAUAGUGCAACUCAUCUUAACCAUAGCCUUGUUUUUGGGCUGGGUGGUCACUGCAGGUAGAAUAAUUCAGAGGUGAAUAUCACAUAUUUGCAAACCAAUAGAGUGCAUCUGUUUUGUGUUCAUAUAACUUAACUUCUUUUGAAGCUCGGAAAACACUAUCCAUUGCCCCAUUGCACUUCUAAAGCAAUAGAUGACAUAUAAUGUUACAUUCCACUGACUUCUAAUUUUGGCAUGAUUUAGAUGCAAUCAGUGUUUGUAGGUGAGGAACACAGCUUACAUUCUUUAACAGUCCAGUGGAAUUUGUUGAGGUUUUCUUUCAAGUAAACCUUUCAGAUUGAGUUCUCAAACUGGUUUUAAAUUCCUGAAUUAUUGAGUAUCUCCUCCAAGCGAUGAAUAUGCUACACAUCCUUUGAUUCCAGCCUAUAAAUGCUUAGUGUGGAUCUUUUUUAGAGACUUAAUUUUGCAGGCUGUAAAGCCAGGAAGUGUCUUUAUAUAGGCAAAAAUAUGUAAGAUGGUAAAAUGUAACACAAACAAAAACUGGCAAGAAUUUCACUUUCAAAUUUGUAAAACCCUCCCACACCGAUUGUAUUGUACUCUUCAAUGAUUUGAGCUCACUGGGAUGUCAUCCGUUUUACUCUUAAGUGAAUGUGUUUUUGUACUUUGGAAAAGAAGGUUGAUGUAUGAGGUCUGGUUGAUGCCAAAAAUUAUAUCACAUAUACAAUAUACGUAUUGAGACUUUAAA